CUGGAAGGGCCGGAUUCGAGAGGUGAGGCAGGGACGCUUGUCGCGCGCGGAAGGGUUAGCGCGAGGACAGAAGGCCGUCGCAAUCUGAGUUUCUCUCUCUUUCUCUCUAAUUCUCUCUUUUUCUCCCGUCCUUUCUCUCUUUGUCUCCUCUGCUUCUUUCUUUUUCCCUCUUUAUCUUUAUCUCCUUCUCCCGGAAACGGAGAGAGUCGGCGAAACGAGAUGUCGGCCGGAACAACGAUCGCGACCGUUCGAAGCGCGCGACGCGCCUACGCUGGAGCGUCUCUCUCGCUUUAAUCGCUCGGUCGUAGUGCGCUUGGGUACGGGACGACAAUCCCGGGCUUCGUUCACUGGGAUGACGAAGAGACGCGUCCUUUCGCAAUCGGCCGUGCUAUCACGUCGUGCUGCUGCACACUCCGGAGAUCGGAGUGCGUCGUCAUCCGGGCUUAUUGUCGUCGCGCGUCUCUGUGAGAAUCUACUUUUGUCUCCGGAUGUUUCUGAAUAAUAUAAGAUAUAUGUUUCGUGUGCAAUUUACUACUGGUGAUAAUAAAAAAGUUUUGCGCGUACUUUAUCUUUCCGGACGAACUGUGCGAAAACCGUGUCUUUGAUCAAGACACACUGAUGUCCUCUUGAUUCUGCUCGUGAUCACCAGGUGUAAUAUGGACUCGUCGGAAGCUGACACUCCGUCCUGUCGAUCAGUCGAACGAAGAAUGUGGAACUUUACUAUUGUGCUUACAACGCGAUAGAAUUAUAAUACCGAGAAAGAGAAAGGAUUUGUUUUUUUGCUAUAUACUUGCGCGUCGUUGCAUGCAACACUUGUAUACACCACGCGUCGUAAUAAUCCAACGAAAUGCAAGUGAUAGUUAGCGAGAAUCAUCGUCGAGCACACACCGAAAGUAAGAAGACUCGUUCUACUUAACGUUUUAAGAGAACACGCACAAUUAUCGAACUGACAACGUUUUUAUCCUGCCGCGUUUCAAUCAAUUCGAGAAGUCAAUCUUGUUAAAAACAAAAAAAAAAAACAAAAUCUCUUCUCAUGGACAGAACCUCGGAAGAAAAGGCGCGAAAGCCCGUUUCGGUAUGAGACAUUCCGCGGUAUUCGAAAUAUCCGCGAUCUACACAUAUCGAGCGAGAUCGGUAAGGACUGCUUGCGGAGGUCGCGCGACGUUCAACGAGAAUCGAUUGCGCUCGGUCGACCGACACGCGAAACGAAGGUCUUUCCAUCCGAGCGUAAGGAAAACUCACGAGGGGGAUUUCAGCGCGUCUUCGUGGACGGGAAAUUGAAACGUCGCAAACAGAAUGCCGCCUGGCGCAUUAUCAUUGAAGGAUUCCACCAGUAUUAGCCCGUGCCAAAUCUAUUGAGGACAUCAACGAGGGUUGACCGAUUGUUGAGUCUCGUCGGCGAGAGCAGCAGCAGCAGCAGCAGCAUCAUCAUCGUCAUCAUCAUCGAGAGGGCUUUAUCACACGAGCGUUUGCAUCGAACUACUAAUUGCCAAUAAUUUCAUCACGUUCCACUCACUGUGGGACGCAAUACUCACCACACACAUACACACACGCUCGAUAUUUGCGUUCGCGUGCGAAGCUGUGUUUGUCGUAAAAUACAAGAGAAAUCUCUUAGCGUACCCGCGUUGGAAUCUCGAUAUCUUGCUGAAUAAUUCCGCGAGGAAUAAACUCUCGGCGAGGGUGAAAGAAAAAAAGGAAAGUGUUUCGAGACUGACAUUCAGAAAGUUAUCGUUUUCCAAUUGAGACUGUUGUCACGUUCCAUCCAUUAUUGCUAAUUAAUUAUUACACACAGUUUAUUGUGUCGCGCACAGCACGACAAGUGGAGAAGAUUAAGUUUAAGCCAACCCUUUUACAUUUUAUACCGAUAUUAUCGAGCAAAGAGAAAGAGAGAGAGAGAGAGCAAUUUUAUAAGUCAAUCAAAAGAGAGAGAGAGAGAAAAACCAAAAAACAAAAAACAAAAAAAACAAAAAGGGUGAUCGUUCGUCGCAAAACAAAGGAAAAGGCGAAGUUUUGUUGUCUACUUUACAGAACGUAUAUAUAAAUUGUAUUAUCAACAAUUAUUAGUAAUUCGUCUACAAAUACGGUCACAAGAGCGAGUUUUUUGAGACUUAGGUGACUCUACGGAUGCGCACACGUCCUAACAAUAAAUGCACAAUAUUUAAUGUUAACACGCGACGAGCACAAAAGAGAAUUCGCUUUGUCGAAAUCAUUUGAACGAAGCGGUUGAUUACGGUGUUUACGAUUAAGACUAUAUAGAAACAAGAAACAUCAGUGAGAAAAGAGAUAAAUAGACGUCAGAAGUAUAAGAAAAACAAAAAUAAAAAUAAAAAUAAAAAUAAAAACAGUUAACCCAACAGUCUUUCAAAGCGUUGAACCCUCUUUUUUGCAUUGCCUUGUCUUUUGCAUCGCGAUGCCGACUAACGGAGUACGAUAACCGAUAACGGAUUUACUUGAAUUAAAUUUGGUUGCCUUACUUGUCGUCGGACAACAACAGCGAUCAGCGUCUUUGCGAAUCUUCAGGGAUUCGCCGACACGCGACUUCGCUCUCUGGUCACUAAUAUUGUAAAUAAAUAAGAGGCGAUCGACACAGUGGGACCGUAACAGUCGAUCCCCGUCGAUCGCCGAGCCAAUACACUUCGUCAAGAUUCAGCUGUUCAAGGAAAAACUGUCGAAGCCCCAGCCUCCGGGUUCGUCCCAAUUGCGGGACGAGCACAUAGCGCUGCGCUCGGUGAAGAAGGAUCACUCGGACGAUUCGCCGACGAUUGUCAAGGUGGCCAAUCGGCCGCCGCCGGUGGUGAUCAGGCGGAAGCAGAUUCCGCUGCCGCUCGAGGCGAAACAGCAGGACUCGAGUGUCGCGGACUCCAGCAUCUCCGACGAGGUUCGAUCCCAGGAGACCAGCGAGACCUCGGAGAGCAUACGAAGACGGGAUCGCGGGCGUUCUCUUCGCGACGACGAGGAAUCGCCGCACGAAGAGGAAGAGAACGCUCGAGGGGGAUUCGAACUCUCGUUGGAGAACGACAAGGAUCGCUCGCGUGGGAAGUGGAGCUUUCUGCCGAAGUCCGCGUCAACGAACGGCACGGCGACGAGAGUGUUCGCGGAGAUUGUGAGCGGUAGGGGCGCGUCAACCUCGACCACUAGUUCGUCGUCGUACGAGCGCGAUCUGCAGAGUCUGCUGGACGAUCGGCCGCGCGAGAACAGCGUCGGUUCGAAACGGCGCAGGGAGGCUGGAACUUCGGCCGAACGCUUCGCCGCUAAAAUCAGCGGCAGCACGUCCUCGGAUCUACAAGAAGAGAGCGAGCUGUCGUCCGAGGAGAGGGACGCCCUGAUCGAGGGCGUUGUUAGAACGCCGUCGAGCGUCUGUCGCAACAGGAUACCGAAAUUUGGCGCCAGACGGAGGAUCGUGGCCGCCUCCGGAUCCUCCGUUCCUCGUGAUUAUUACUCCCGAGCGGCGGGAGAUCGACUUUUCGGACUUACCGAGGAUCAUCCUUGCUGCGUAUCGACGACAACAACAACGACGGCAAUGACCACAUCGGCGUCGAAAUCACUGACGCGGCAGCAGCAACAGAACGUUCACGUGAUCAGCGAGAACGCUCACGUGAUCAACGACGACGAGACGGACACCUUUCCCGACGAUCUUCCCAGCUCCUCCCAGAAACCGACCUCGGCGCCCACCACUCUCUCCCUCGGCAGGAAGAUCACGUCCUGGACGAAGGAGAGCAAGGAUCUUCUGGUGAAGUCGGUACCGUCGGCGAAUACACUCGCGCCCACAACGAUGACGUGCAUCAAGUCACCGCGAGCGAUGUCGGAGCAUCUCCUGGGACAGCUCGACAUGCCGGUCGCGCCUCCAGCCUCGGUUCUCGGAACGCUCCGGGUUAAAGGCGGUUCGUUACGGGAAGGCGAUCGAAGCGAGAAGAUGACAGAAGUGCCGCGACAAAGGUGGAGCAGCGUCAGAGUCAAGGGCGGCAGCACCAAGAGUCUGUUGUUGGAGAAUGGAGGACCGCAACCGCCGCUCAAAAGUAUCAGAAAUAAGGUGCUGUCCCUCGGAGCAGACAUACUCCCGGAGUACAAAUUACAGUCCCCAAGAAUCCACAAGUGGACCAUAUUGCACUAUUCGCCGUUCAAGGCGGCCUGGGAUUGGAUCAUAUUGCUGCUUGUGAUGUACACCGCCAUAUUCACCCCGUAUGUCGCUGCCUUCGUUCUGUCGGAUCCGGAUUACAACAGCAGAAAGAACAAGAAGUACGGCGAUGAUCCCAUCGUCAUCAUAGACUUUAUAGUCGACGUCACUUUCAUCGUGGAUAUCAUCAUAAAUUUUCGCACGACGUUCGUCAACAGCAACGAUGAGGUGGUGUCCCAUCCAGCAAAGAUAGCCGUCCAUUACCUGAAGGGUUGGUUCAUCAUCGACCUGGUGGCUGCCAUUCCCUUCGACCUCUUACUCGUUGGCUCGGAUACAGACGAGCUCGGCUUGGACAAGGACGAGACGACAACGCUGAUCGGACUACUGAAGACGGCUCGUCUGUUACGGCUCGUCAGGGUGGCCAGGAAGAUCGACAGAUACAGCGAAUACGGCGCCGCGGUUUUGUUACUAUUAAUGGCUACCUUUGCUCUCAUUGCUCAUUGGUUGGCAUGCAUAUGGUACGCCAUAGGCAACGCCGAGAGACCGACUCUCAAGAGCAAGGUUGGUUGGUUGGACAUUCUAGCCAACGACACGCAUCAAUUUUACUUUCACAAUAACACCGGUGGGCCGAGCAUAAAAAGUCGCUAUAUCACGGCGCUUUACUUCACCUUCAGCAGCCUCACGUCCGUAGGCUUCGGGAACGUGGCGCCCAAUACCGACGCCGAGAAAAUUUUCACAAUAAUCGUCAUGUUGAUCGGAUCCCUGAUGUACGCCAGCAUCUUCGGUAAUGUAUCGGCGAUCAUUCAAAGGCUGUAUAGCGGUACCGCGCGGUAUCACACGCAGAUGCUCAGGGUCAGGGAGUUUAUAAGAUUCCACCAGAUCCCUAAUCCGCUCCGUCAACGUUUGGAGGAAUAUUUCCAACACGCGUGGACAUAUACGAACGGAAUCGACAUGAACAGUGUUCUGAAAGGGUUUCCCGAGUGCCUUCAGGCCGACAUCUGUCUUCAUCUUAAUAGGAAUCUUUUAAACAAUUGCCGCGCCUUCGAAGGGGCUAGUCCAGGCUGUUUAAGGGCAUUAUCCUUAAAGUUUAAGACGACGCACGCGCCACCGGGUGACACUUUAGUUCAUCGCGGGGACGUGCUGACAUCCUUGUAUUUUAUAUCCCGCGGGAGUAUCGAGAUCCUGAAGGACGAUAUUGUAAUGGCCAUUCUGGGCAAGAACGACAUAUUCGGCGAGAAUCCGUGCAUUUAUCCGACUGUCGGGAAGUCGUCCUGUAACGUACGCGCGCUUACCUAUUGCGACCUUCACAAGAUCCACCGGGACGAUCUGCUCGACGUUCUGGCGCUUUAUCCGGAGUUUGCCAACCACUUCAGCCAGAAUCUCGAGAUCACUUUCAACAUGCGAGAUGAGGAGCAGGCUGGUGUCGAUCCAAUAUCAGCAAGGUUUCCAGUCAGCACUCCAACCGACGUCGAUAUCGACCCCAGGAGGUUCGCUUUCCGUCCACUAAGAUACCGUCGAGGACCCGGUGGUGGUCCUGGCACAAAUCUUAUUCCCACAGGUCGACAAGAUUCUUUGCAAGACGAUCAAGAUGACUACGAUAAAGGCAGCGGUCAUGGCAUUUUAGAGUUUAGCACAGAGAAAGCCGGCCAGGACGUGACGCCGUUGAAUUUAGAGUUCGACGAGCCGAAACAGAGAAGUUCGACUUUAAACUCAAUAACUGGCAUGCUAACCCAUCUCAAGCGCAGCAUACCGGAUCUACGUCAGCACAAGAUUCACCUGCAGCCGCUUACCAGCCACGAUUACCUCGCCAAGCACAUGACCACACCGUUGAUGAAAUCAGCGCGCCGAAGUUCCGCCGCUGGCGAGAGUUCACUCAGUCAAAACGUCGUUCAUCCCACUUCGACAACGUCGAGCCACUACACCACACCAUCGCCCCCGCAGCAUCCUCAUUCCCAUGGCGAUUUUCAGAGCGGCCCGGGCCGACCUCUGGAGGAAAUCAACACCCGAAUCGAUCAGCUGUCGCGUCAAGUGCAUUCUCUGGAGCAUUCGAUGGCCGGUGACAUCCGGAUGAUUCUGAGCCUACUUCAGCAGACUCUCAACUCGUCGCGGGAGAGCUCGAGCGUCGAGAUGAUGCCGGGAACCGGCGCGGCGACCGGCGCGAAGCAGAGCAGCCGAGCGCCGGCGUUGGUUCAGAGAUCGGCGAGCGAGCCGCAGCCUCCGACGGCACCGGCGAGUAACGGCAACGGCAAGAUUCAACCCAGCACGUCGCACGGCUUGUUCAGCAGACUUCCUACGAGAGAACCGACGUCCACGUCGUCGGGCACGUCGCGACUGACCGUCACGUCGGACACGUCCGCGCUCGCGACUGCGUUGCAAACGGCGCUGAACGGACGCACCGGACCGACGAGGUCGCAGAGCCAACCGGUCGACCUGGCGGUACCGACCACCACUCAACAGCAGGUUCACCAGGCCCACGCUUGGCACAGUCAGCCGGCCGCCUUCAGGAGGGGUGAAUACAGAAGUGGAUACAGUUCGUUCAACAAGCGGUCGGAACCGGAAGGCGAGGAUCCGUGGAGCUGUGUAGUGUCGAUCACGGGGGAUCGGAGCGGCGCCCAGCGUCCGCGCAGCGGGGACACGCGCAAAGACACAAAUCAUCGCGGCGGCGCCGGAGCGGAAUCCACGUCGGGACAGCAAGGGCGGUCCGAGGGUAGACAGCAGCAAGAAGGUGGCGGAAACGGCGCGCAGCAGGCAAGAGGAGAAAUUCGACAGCAGGAGUCCUCGAGACAGACCAGCGAGGACAUGUCGUGGGAGUUUACGAUAAACGAGGCGCCGAUAGCCAGGCUUGAGUCGCUGGACGAGCUCGAUCAGGAUCACGGGAGUUAAGAGAGAAACGUGCGCGCGAGCACGCGGAAUUAUUCUGUAAUCCGCGGCAGAGCUGUGACAUACAUGCCGCGAAAACGAUCGGUUCGUUUAUCCCGAUGGGACGGGAACGCGGAAAAUCAUGAAAGAGAUAGCGCGACCGAAGCCGUUCGAUUAUGGAAUUUUAUUUCUAUUCCUAUCGACGUCGUAAUUAAGAUGCUUGUCUCGGAGUGUUAAUUCUUUUUACUGACGAGUCGCGAGCAAUGUUGUGUAACGCGCUUGCUUGCGGGUUUCACAAUCGGAGUCAACAUGUCGUUGAAGGGAGUGUAAGGGUCUGAGGAACUAGUAUCGCUCGUUUUACAUUUGAGACAAAAUAUAAAAGCUAAUUUAUAUACAUCGAAAUAAUUUUUAAAAUUUUUUAUUCGCAAACACAUCGCGAUGUAAGGAAUACAAAAUACUUGUAAUGAUAAUUUCAGAAAUGUUACAGACCGCGCGUUAUUAUAUGUAGCGAGAAAAAUUUUUUCGAAAAGCUGUACUAUAUAUAAAAGAUAUUUAUAAAAGCGAUAAAACUCGAGCGAAAAACUUUAACGUUUUUAUAAGAAACAGAAUUUAAAAGCAUUAGACUACGCUUUUAUUCCCUUCAAUUGCAUGUGUGUCUGAAAAGACAAAUCUGCAAGCACAAAGAUCACAAAACACUUUUUGUACUUGUAAACUUAUAUAUUGCACUUCGAGACGAAGUUUUGUGUCACGUUGUGCACACUUAGCGCAAACGUAGCGUUAAAUAGCGGCAAGCUUAUCGGCCGAAGAAUUUUCAUAGAGCGUAAGUACACCUUUGUUUUUUUUUGUUUUUUUUUUUUAUUUGCGACUGCGUUGUUGUCUCCGUUUCUUAAUCCGGAUUGAAAACAGUCGCUUGUUAAAAAUUCAUCGUGCGAUUAUAGAGCCUUUCGCGUACAUACGUUCGGCUUCGGAUCGCUCGUCUCUCUUCGGGUUUCCCGAACAGGGAUCUCGAACUAUUGAAUGUAUUCGUUCCUUCAGAUCGAUUUUUUACGUGUCGAAGAGAAGCAAACGAAAGAAAAAACUAUAUCGUAUCGCCAAUUAGACGCCAAUUAUUUUACUCACACAUACACAUACAUACAUACACACAUACACAGAAUCGCAAAUAAUUAUUUAUAUAUAUUUACACGUUGACACAACACGCGUACGUGUUAAUAUAUCAUAAGAGAAGCAAGGCAUUAAGGGGCGAAUUAAAACCAAAAAAAAAAAAAAAAAAAAAAAACGCAAUUGAAAG